GGCCGCUAAGGCUGCACGUCAAACUUUCGCUCUUUCCAAACAAACAUUCUACCUACAACCCACCAUCACCCAAGGCUGUUUCCACUCUAUCAACAGAUCUAAACCAUACAGGCACCAUGUACGACACCACAACCACCUGCAAAGUGAGAGCAAAGGUGCCUUGCAAGCAUUUUGCCAGCGGAGAAUGCACGCGGAAUACGUGCAAGCUUGACCACCACCCUAACCUGGACCCCACACUCUACCAAAAUAGACCGCACGAACACAACAUACCUAAUGUCUCAGGUACUGCGUGCGUAAGAUGCGUACAGCAGCUUAGAGAGUGCGACAAGCUCCACCGCAGCGGCCAGAAUGAUCCAUGCUCAGAGUGUCGGCAUUUCGGUGGUCCAGGUCAUCAAUGUAAUCUGAGCAAAAGGCAAACUUACAAUGAUCAAGCCUGGGGUCAGAUGAUGGCCAGACCGGGAACUGGUUUCGAUCUCGCGCCCCCGAAGGCUAGGGACGCUCUGGUUGGCAACAAGGUCCCGGGGCCUAUGAACGACGACGAGCUAAUUGCUGGCUGGGAAGGUAAAACGAGAAAACAGCUGUUGGAAUCACCAGAUUUCUUGCCGGCAUACGCUCGCUCCCAGCCAAGGGCAUACCAAGUCCCUCCAUCUCUGAACGAAGAACGCAAGAGAAAGAAUGAGAGCUUUAUACAACAAGCCCGUGACAGACGGCAGCUUACCAUGGCUCCAAAUCAUACUAAUACUGCUCAUUCAGCCUUCGCGGGCGUUGCUCGUUCGUCAUCAUACGCGACGCAACCGACAUAUUUCUCGCCGCCAGCAGUCGUUCCGCACUUACCACAACCGUUCAACUUGGGAGAGCUUGAGGGUAUCUCUUACCUUUAUAAGAGCGGUGCCCAGAUUGUACUACCUCCAGGUGCAGUGUUUCCUCACGGAACUGCUCCGGUACCUAGGCCAACCUCUAAUUCUCUGUAUGGUGGAACAGAGAGACCUUCAAAAUUUCGGCGUAGCAAUCGAGAUUCUCCAAGCCAGGGAACCCUACCAACGAACACAGGCUUACCGGCCAGGCCUUCACCUCCGUCUUUGCCAGCACAUCAUUAUAGAAGUCGACCGCAGCCAAUCUCGAACCCAGCACAAACAACUACCAAUUAUCAGCCAGCGGGAAUAAGGCCUUUGACGCCAGCGCUCUCAGAGCAACCGCCUGUCGUUCCACAUAAUGCGAGUCUGCCUGCUGGGUCUACCUGUGACGGGGCUACCUGUGACUGAGCAGAGGAAGACGCACCUCGCUGUAGCUUGGCAGGCAUGUUAGUCUCUACUUUUCAAGACAUCUCUGUGAAUCUUGACAAGUCAGAGACUUCGGGGAGAACGAUGGACCUGCAGGGACAAAGAGCGUAGCGAGGACAACAGUGACAGCCAUUUCAACCCUGCUUCGAGCUAUUGACUAAUUCCUGGUCUGUCUUUUACAAUAUUUUCUGUUAACUCAGGUCCCUGGCUAGUUUCCCACAAGACUGUCGCCGAGACUAAAUAGAUGAAUUUAACGACUAUUUUCCUUGUCAGGCGGCUGUUUGAUUUCGCAUAGCAGUUUAUCGCUUGUCCCACUAAGGCACUGAUCCUUAUGAGCAUUGAAACCGAGUUAGCGUUCAGAAAUACUAUAAUAGAGUGCCUUCCUUGCUCAGGUGUAGCGUUUAGAUCCAAC